UUAAAGGAGAAAAAAAUAACAACACUCCUUAUUUCUUUUAAUUUGUGAAUGAUAAUGGUGACUUGUUUCUGUAAGGAAAGGGUUUAGUUAGAAUAAUAACAAUGGGUGCUGAGGAUGCCCUGGAAGCUGCCAAAAAUGGAGAUUUGGAUACUUUAAAGUCAAUUUCUGAAGUUGAUAAAGUGAAGGACCAAUAUGGGGCUUCUUGUCUACAUUAUGCAGCCAGGGCUGAUAAAGUCCACAUCCUGGAAUUUCUUGUUAAAAAUAGAGGCCUUGAUUCUUUUCUCCGCAGCAAUGUUGGUGCUACCCCUGCUCAUGAUGCCGCAGCAUCUGGAAAUCUCGCAGCGUUAAAAUGGCUUCUCUCAAACACUCCUUCUAAAGUUGAUGACCAAGACGGUACAGGGGCCACAGUUGUUCAUUUGGCUGCCCGAUAUUCUCACCAUGAUGUAUUAGAGUGGUUACUGGAUAAUACAAAUUGUGAUGUAUUAAAGAAGACAGGAAGUGGGGCCAUACCCCUACAUUUUGCUGUUGUCGGUGGUGCGAUGAGUUGCUUGAAACUUUUACUAAGUGAAGCCCCUAGAUCAGUCAAUACACAAUUAAAUAAUGGAGUUACAGCAUGUUACCUAGCUUGUCAAGAAGGACAGUUUGAUAUAUUGAAAUAUUUAGUCGAAUCUGGUGGAAAUUUAAAGAUGAAUUCCUAUGAUGGAAUGACUUGUGUUCAUACAGCAGCUCAACUAGGUAGACUAGAAUGUAUCAAGUGGCUGGUGGGAGAGCAAAAAAUCAAUCCAAAUGUAAGAGACUUUGAUGGAACUUCACCCCUACAUUUCGCAGCAAGUCGUGGUCAUUCAGAAAUCGUUAGUUGGUUGUUGAAACAUGGUGGUGCUAGGAUCACGCUUGAUAACCUUGGAGGAAGUCCUCUUCAUAAUGCUGUGGAACUAGGUUACCCAAAGUGUGUAGAAGUUUUACUAGAGAAUGGAUGUGAUAAAGAUAUAACAGAUAAUCAGGGAUUAACAGCACUAGAACUGGGAAUUAAAUGUCAACAACAUCAGUGUGUUGCUUUACUUAAAGGAGAAGUUGUUCCAGUAAAUCAGCCUGAUCCUGUCAGGGCUGAUCCUAUUCCUAUCAAAUCUAAAAACCUACCUUCGAAACAAGAGCCUAUUGCUAAAGACACACAACAACCUGCUGCCUUUCAGAAACCAGUUUUAUUCCGACCCGUUUCUCUCCUGUCAACUGUUUCAAGUGAAUCAGACUUUGGCCAUUUUGAACCGAAGCCUGCAGGAAAACAACACAGAGUUUUAGUAGACGUUCAUACAGGACAGAAAGAUUUGGCAGAAACAGGACAAAAAGAGUGUGUAUCUGUUAAAAAGUCAACGGUUAAUAGUCUGCCUUCCACAUCCUGUAAUAAUAUCAAAAACUUGGAUUCUGCUUCGCAUUAUAACUAUUUACCCACAAUUCCUUCUUCAUCGCGUAACGGUGCUCGUUCUUCAAUAGAUAGUAACAUAUCUUCACACUCAUCUGGCAGUAACAAAGUGUUUCAUAUUAAGGAGCAAUCGAAAAAAAGCAAGAAAGUUCAACGAGAAUCUUACGAGAGAUCACGAACAUACAGUCAAGGGUUUGAUAGUUGUGAAGAAAGCGGGGAGAUAAUUCCAGUCUAUUACAAAAACAUGGAGAACGGAAAUGAUGUAAUCAAUCAAAAUGAAGUAGAUAUAGUUGAGGAUCAUGGAGUUAAUAAGUCAGUGAUUAAUAUUAGUAAAAAUAAUGUUAAAAUCAACCAUAUUGGUUCAAAUUACGAUCAAAAUCAUUUAACUAACGGACAAGUUGUUCAGUCUGAUCCCAGAGAUGCUAAUAUUGCUAGGAUAUCCAUAUCAGGAUCGGAUAAUGAUACUUUAGAUGCACCCUCUUCCCCACCACUUCCUCCCCCUCCUACUCCCCCGGAUUCCUUACAGUCUUCACCAAGUAAAACAGCCACAAGUUUUCCACCCCCACCCCCACCCCCACCAUCCAUAGAUAACAGUAAUAUGGUGACAGAUGGGAAUAGCAAUAUAAAAAACAGUAAACCAGUGAGAGAUAUACAGAAUAAUAAUUACAGUUCACCACCACCACAACACCAUGGUAACGGACCGUUCCCAGAUAUCGCCACAGAAAUAUUGCGAUCUGGUGGAAGUUCUUCACUUAGAAAAUCAAAACCUCCAAAAUCUGGUGGAGAAAUGAACUGUGUGUUUUCUUUUGGUGGAAAAAGUUCAAAGGCUUCUCAAAAAUCUGAAACUAAUCGAAAAUCUGGAAAUUUAACAGGAGAAUUUGAUCCCAAGAAUUUCUUAGAUCAGGUACCAACAGUUGACUCUUCUGGUGUUCAAAUACCUGAUUGGCGCCGACAGGUCCUCGCUAAAAACUUGGCACAAAAAGCCAUGACAGAUGCCUUAGAGAAACAGAAGGUAGCAGAGAGUGAAGCUCGCUUUGCGAAUGUACCAGCAUGGAAACGGGCAAUGAUGGAAAAAAAAGAUGCAGAGAAAAGAGCUAAAGAGGAAGCCAUGGCCCAAAAAACAAAAGCAGAAGAUGUAAAAGAUAUACCAAAGUAUGACAGUGAAGGUCAACCACUUUCACCUUGGCAGAUAGAAAUGUACCGAAAAAAGAAUGGACUCGUCUGAUAUUGCUAAUGUGUUAUAUACAUAUCAUUGUUAUUUGUUGCUCAAUAUAUUUUUACAUAUCUUGUUUCACAGCCAUAAUAGGCUACAGUGGUAUUAUAGAUUUUAUAUAGACACAUGUAGAUAUAUUGUUAAUUACACCUGCAUUACCUUUAAUUAUGUAUAUAAUUUUUACCCAAAUAUGCUUCACCCCCCCCC